AUGGCUACCCCUAGUGUCCUCGCUUUUUACGCUGAGGGUCGGGCCAUUGACUUUAACGUCUGGAUAGAUGACCUACAGCUGUUCUUACAGUGCGAUAGGGCAGACGGUCUCUCCCUCUUUGACCUCACCUCUGGCGCCUCUCCUGCCCCUGCUGCUGAUGCUGACGCCACUCUUCGCUCCCAGUGGGCCACGCGCGACGCUGCUGCACGUCUUGCUGUGCGUUGCCACCUCCCUACCUCCGAGCGUGCGCACUUUAGUCAGUACAAGAGUGCUCAGACCUUGUACGACGCUGUAGUUGCACGCUACUCCUCCCCUGCCACUGCUGCACUGAGCCGUCUAAUGCUACCGUACCUCUUCCCUGACCUUGCUGCCUUUCCCACAGUCGCUGACCUCAUGACGCACCUCCGCACUAGUGACACUCGCUACCGCGCUGCGCUUCCUGCUCAGUUCUGCGCCAAGAACCCCCCCCCCAUGUAUAUCACCCUCUACUACAUAGUCACCCGGCUCCCUGACUCCCUUCGCGUAGUCAGGGACCACUUCCUCGCAGUGUGCCCCACCACUCUCACCGUUGACCUCCUCGAGAAGGCCCUCCUAGCGGCGGAGAAGAGCAUAGUCGCUGUAGGAGCCUCUGGGGGUGACCCCCGCACCCCUGUCUUUGAGGGGUGUUCUCCCUCCCCCCUCUUGCCCUCUGUUGCUUCUGCUGCUGCGGCCGACCUCGUUGGUUUUGAGUCGGUCGGUGAUGCGUCUGCCCCUUCGGGGAAGCGCCGCACAGGCAAGGGCAAGGGGGGCAAGGGCGCUGGAGGAGCUGGCAGGGGCGGUGGAGGCGGCGGUGGAGGCAGCGGAGGGAGUGGGGGUGGUGGCGGGAGUGGUGGAGGGGGUGGGGGUACCGGUGGCAGCAGUGGAGGCGGAGGCGGCGGCGGUGGCGGAGGGAGCGGAGGCGGCGGUGGUGGCGGAGGCGGCGGCGCUGGCGGAGGCGGCGGAGGCGGCGGAGGUGGCGGUGGAGCUAGUCGCGGGUCUACGCGGAGGAGUGGCUCUGGUGGUGGUCAGCGCCAGCAGCAGCAGCGCGGUCGUGAGACCCUGUCCCCUCAACAGCUCCGUGAGUGGUACACUGCGCGCCAGCGGGGUGGGGGUGCUGGUCCGUGCACCUACGUUCUACGUACGGGCGACCGCGCGGGUGAGCAGUGUGGGGGUGCGCACCCCACCCAGCGCUGCUUUGGCCGCCUGACGGACGCGUGGCGUCACCACUAUCUUGUAGUGACCGCCACUGGCCGACUAAGUGGCGUGAGCGUGGUGCGGUCUCGAAAGAAGGAGCGGGAAGCACCCGAGUCAAGGGUGAAGGUGUGA